AUGUGUGGUAUUUUUGCCUGCCACGGUCAUCCGUCGAUAGCAACCUUCAAGACCACUGCCCUCCAGUGUGUCAAAUGCCUGCGGCACCGCGGUCCUGACUGGUCAGGGAACUGGACGGGAAACAACACCAUCCUCUGUCAUGAGCGUCUCAGUAUAGUGGGUGUGGACAGCGGGGCGCAGCCUCUGGUCAACGAUGAGGGCACAAUUGCGCUGGCCGUCAACGGCGAAAUCUACAACCACCGAAUCCUGCGCAAGCACUUGACCGUUCCUUAUAGCUUCAAGACCCACAGUGACUGCGAGGUCAUCAUCCCUCUCUACCAGCAGUAUGAUACAGACGCCCCCAAACAGCUGGACGGCAUGUUUUCGUUCGUGCUCUACGACAAGGAACAAGACCGCACGGUCGCUGCUCGGGAUCCCAUCGGUAUCACAUCCUUCUACCUUGGUCGGUCCAGCCAAACACCCGGGGCUGUCUAUUUCGCUUCCGAGCUGAAAGCCCUGGCCACGGUGUGCGACAACAUUAUUUCAUUUCCCCCCGGCCACAUUUAUGACUCCAAAACCGACAAGAUCACCCGAUAUUUCGAACCGUCGUGGUGGGAUCCGAACCGAGUUCCGUCCGAGCCCAUCGACUACAAGUUGAUCAGGAAGACCUUGGAAAAAUCGGUGCUCAAGCGUCUCAUGGCCGAGGUGCCUUACGGUGUCCUCCUGUCCGGUGGGCUUGACUCGAGUCUGGUGGCUUCGAUUGCGCAGAGGGAGUCCCUUCACCAACAAGCGCUCGCCAGGCGUCAGGCCAACGGUGCCGUCAACGGGGAGGUCAAUGGUGAAGUCAACGGGUACAGGACUCCGAAGACAGGCACCAGGCUGGUGGGCAUCGACGAUGACGACGAGUUGUCAACAGUCACUUUCCUCCCCCAACUGCACUCCUUCUCCAUCGGUCUGCCCGAUGCGCCUGAUACCAAAGCGGCUAUCGAAGUCGCCAAAUUCCUCGGCACCAAACACCACGACUUCACAUUCACAAUCCAAGAAGGACUGGAUGCCCUAUCAGACGUCAUCUAUCACCUCGAGACUUAUGACGUUACGACGGUCCGUGCGUCCACGCCCAUGUACCUCCUCUCUCGGAAGAUCAAGGCCCUGGGUGUCAAGAUGGUUCUGAGCGGUGAGGGCAGCGAUGAGAUUUUUGGCGGGUAUCUCUACUUCCAUGCCGCUCCGAGCAAGGAGGAGUUCCACAAAGAGACUGUCCGCAGAAUCAAGAAUCUGCAUUUGGCCGACUGUCUCCGUGCCAACAAAUCCACCUCGGCGUGGGGCGUCGAAGCUCGUGUGCCGUUCCUGGACAAGCAAUUCCUAGAAGUUGCCAUGAAUAUCGACCCGGCCGAGAAGAUGAUCACCAAGGACAGAAUAGAGAAGUAUAUUCUGCGCAAGGCUUUCGACACCACCGACGAGCCCGAUGUCCAACCAUACUUACCGGAGCACAUUUUGUGGCGCCAGAAGGAGCAAUUCAGCGAUGGCGUGGGUUAUGGCUGGAUUGAUGCAUUGAAAGACACGGCCGAGAUCAAUGUGACGGAUGAGAUGAUGGCCAACCCCAAGCCGGAAUGGGGUGACGACAUCCCGACCAGCAAGGAGGCUUAUUGGUAUCGUCUGAUGUUUGAUGAGCACUUCCCGCCAUACUGUGCUUCGACUGUGAUGCGAUGGACGCCAACCUGGUCGAAGCAGUCAGAUCCCAGCGGACGAGCAAUUGAAACCCAUCUUGCCAGAUAUGAUGACGAAGCUGGCUCGUGA